AUGAUGGAAGUUUGUGUUAAUAAUAAUACGAAUAAUAAUAAUAAUGGUUUCCAAUGGUCUGAGCACACUAAAUCCGAACAAACUGUUCGUCCCAAGCGAGAUUUUCGUUUCCAGGUCAUUGAAGUUUGCCAGGGACCCAAGUGGUUCAUUUGGCCAAGUCGGAAUCGCUCAAGUACAGAAACCAUCGAUGAAAAUCAUAAUAAAGACGUGGGAUCCCAAUAUGAAAUGUCUGUAUCAUAUAAUAUAGCUAACCAGUACUCAUCGAAAGCCAGUAAUAAUGGUUAUGGAGCUAUGCGAAGAAGUGUUCUACGCUCCUCGAAACGCUUAAGCGAUGACAUCUCUCGUACUUCCUCUGAACCAGUUAGUUCUCGAAGAGUUUCCCUCAAAAAAGAGAAAGCUGUUACUGAGCCAAUUAAUGGAAUUUCCAAUACUUUCAAAAUUCUAUCAAUCGCCAAAAAAUGGGAGUCGUUCGAUGCAACGGACGAUGAGGAGUCCAAUCCAGUUCCUCACACACGUUGCGAAUGCCAAUCUUAUAGCGCCGAUUGUUAA